CAUAACGUUGGAUGCCAACCGCCGAUAAACCCCACCGAAGAAGUUCAUCUCUUGCUUGUUUGUGCCUCUAUUCUUUAUUCUGAAUGGUUGUUUUAUAGCUACAGUUUUCAACCGACUAGCCGUUGAAGAUGAACUCCACUGUAUUGCUAUUAUUGACAAUGUUCGUUGUAUUAGGCAAAGUUGUUGGAGACAGAAGACUGACAUUUGUAACUGUGCUUUACCGUCAUGGUGACCGAUCACCUGUCAAAGCCUACCCUACUGAUCGCUACCAGGAGAGCUCUUGGCCUCAGGGCUUUGGACAACUCUCGCAGGUAGGAAUGAGGCAGCACUUUGAGCUGGGACAAGCGCUCCGGAAACGCUAUCAGGGUUUUCUCAAUGAUACCUAUGACCGACGUGAGAUUGCUGUGAGAAGCACAGACUAUGAUCGGACCUUGAUGAGUGCAGAGGCCAACUUGGCUGGAUUGUACCCUCCCAAUGGAUCACAGGUCUUCAACCCAACACUGGAGUGGCAGCCUAUUCCUGUUCACACUGUACCCCAGUUUGAGGAGAGGCUUUUGUCGUUUCCCAUUCCGGGUUGCCCUCGUUAUAAAAUCCUUAUGAAUGAGACGGAACACUCAGAAAAGUACCUCAACGUGACAUUUCUAUACAAAGACUUAAUAACGAUGAUACAGGAGAGAACUGGUCUGAAGAACACCAACAUUGAGACUGUUUGGAGUGUCUAUGACACCCUGUUCUGUGAGGCAAGGCACAACAUGACCGCUCCUGAUUGGGUGACUCCUAACAUCAUGGAUGAUCUGAGAAAGCUCAAGGACUUUGGCUUUGAAAUCAUGUUUGAGGUCUACAAGCAUCAGGAGAAAAGCCGGCUCCAAGGAGGUGUCCUAUUGGGUAGCAUUGUAAAUAACAUCUCAGAGUCUGCACUUCCCGACUCUAAUCGCCGUCUGAAGAUGAUGAUGCUCUCUGCGCAUGACACCACCAUUGUGGCUUUGCAGUCGAGUUUGAGUAUCUUCAAUGGAAAGCAGCCACCCUAUGCCUCCUGCCACAUAUUUGAACUCUAUCAGGAAGACAACGGAUCAUUCACAGUGGCCAUGUUUUACCGCAAUGACACCAGAAGAGCACCUUACCAACUGGCUGUACCUAGCUGUGACCUCUUCUGCCCCCUGGAGGACUUUGUGCGCCUCACCAAACCAUCCAUCCCAGAGGAUUGGGGCAAGGAGUGCAUGGUGGAGUCUCCUAGAAAGGAUAAAGAGGUGGUCAUCGGACUAGCAGUUUGUGGCUGUUUGCUCUUCCUCCUUAUCGUCCUCCUGCUCGCUGUGCUUUGUCGGCAACGUGAUCCCUCCAACGGAUACAGUCAGAUUCACACUGAGAUUGAGUCUUGACAAACGUUCAAACUCCACCAUAGGCAGGAUUCAUGGGAUAGUGAAGAUGUUUGAAUGCCUCAGUUCUGCCCUCUGGUGGGGAUGCAGGAAAAAGGAACACUGGACUGCUUUUAGUGCAACUUUUAUUUUUUAAAUAUUUCCUUCAAAGUGGACUGUGGCCUUUUACCAAAAAUGCACAGAAACUUACUUGAGAGGACAAAGAUGAUCUAGUCCUCUAGUCAUCUGUUGUCAUGGUAAGUAUUCCUAAGCUUGUAAAUGAAGUUGGCUACUGGAUUUGGAAAACUGCCUUUUUAAUGUUUUCAAAUACUACUUGUACUCAUUUUACUCACGGGUCCAAGUCACCUAUCCAGCGUUCUUACAAAAUGUGGACCACUGGAUGCUUCAUGCUUGUUUGAUUCUCCCCUUGAAGAAUAAUGAUCAUUGUGACACUGAACCUGAGGACUGCUUGUGCUUCAUUCUCUCCAAAGAACAUAUUUUGUCCAACACUGUACUGAGCAUUCUUCUAGCAAGUAAUUUCAUAAAGAAUGCUAUUUAUUUCCCCUGGUGGUGACUGUCAUGGUACUUGGAGAAGCCUUCACAUCACGGUACUCUUGGUGAAGGCUUUGCUCUAUAUGUCAGAGGAACCUACUAACAAGCCUGUCAUGCUUUGUGCCUUGGGCUGUUAGAUGCCAUUUAAGGCACAGCAAUUCAUGUAUUUGCUGAAAGUGCUACAUGUAUCUGUCACUGCCCUCGUUCUGCUCUUUUAAAACUGCCUCUGAGGUUGUUUAGUUUAAGCACAAGUGAUUACUUUUGAAUCUACAUCAGUUUUCACCCCCCCCCCCCUCCACACACACAAAACAAGUUAAAAUAAAUAACUACAUUGUAAUUAUUACAGUAAUAUACCUUUCUAAAUUAGAGUGCAGAGUUCACAAACUGAGGCUCUCCAUCAAACAAGUCAAGAGUAUUUCAAGCAGCUGCCAGCUGUAAUUAGUGCUGAGCGAUUAGUGCUUUUUGAGGUCGUUUUGGUUGUAUUUUUUAAAACCUUAAAUGCCUUGUGGGUUGAAUGCUGUAACGCUAAAUAAACAAUUACUAAAAGUCCAA